AGAGCGUCUAGGCAGUAAACCUUGUUCUAGCUCGCUUCCCCUCUUUGGUCCAGGCUGGUUCCACCCUUCCCCGGGUAGCCCCCGGUGCGGGGUUACUUUAUUCCCCCUCAAAGUCCUCCUCUCUAUCCGCACCCCACUGGGGAAAUCCCACUCAGCUGGGGACUCAACUCUGGCCAGCCUGAGCCCGUCAAGCCCCUUCUGUCAGUCUUGAAGAUAGAGUGCCCUUCAGGAGGAAGCCCCCUCUCCUUCUUCCAUAUCCUCUAUCCCUUCUCCCUCCUACUACUUCUCCCACUCACUCUGAUCCCUCUCUGACCCUUCCCCGCAGUCGAGCCUUCCUGGGGGAGCCACACCACUGAGCACCCCCUUUCCCACUCUCCCACCCUUAUCCCUACUCCAACCCUGGUUAUCCUUGGGCGGUCCUUUCCCUUCCCUCUAAGCCUCUCCCCUUCGAGAGACAGCCCCUGUUCAGUCUCCGCCUGUUCCACUUGUCCUAGCCCCUCCCCCGGGCAGCCCCCGGGCUUGUGACCAGUCAGCACCGCCUCUCCUACUCGCACAUGCUGAGAAUGGCAGAGGGGCUCCCUACGGUUUGCUGUCUUCCAGGGGGAGGGGGAAAAGAAGGAAAGGGGCGGGGCUGAGGGGGGCGGGCCUGGACGUCGGGAGCGAAAGCGAAAGCCCAGGCGGCGAACUGGGGGACCGGAGAUCUAGCAGCAACUGGAGCAGCAUGGCCAAGCCUUGUGGGGUGCGCCUGAGCGGGGAAGCCCGCAAACAGGUGGACGUCUUCAGGCAAAAUCUUUUCCAGGAGGCCGAGGAAUUCCUCUACAGAUUCUUGCCUCAGAAAAUCAUAUACCUUAAUCAGCUCUUGCAAGAGGACUCCUUCAAUGUGACUGACCUGAAUUCUCUCCGGGCCCCACUGGACAUCCCUAUUCCAGACCCCCCACCCAAGGAUGAUGAGAUGGAAACAGAUAAGCAGGAGAAGAAAGAAGUCCCUAAGUGCGGCUUUCUCCCUGGGAAUGAGAAGAUUCUGGCCUUGCUUGCCCUGGUUAAGCCAGAAGUCUGGACUCUCAAAGAAAAAUGCAUUCUGGUGAUCACAUGGAUCCAGCACCUGAUCCCCAAAAUUGAGGAUGGAAAUGACUUUGGGGUGGCAAUCCAGGAAAAGGUGUUGGAGAGGGUAAAUGCAGUCAAGACCAAAGUGGAAGCCUUCCAGACAACUAUUUCCAAGUACUUCUCAGAACGUGGGGAUGCUGUGGCCAAGGCCUCUAAGGAGACCCAUGUAAUGGAUUACCGGGCCCUGGUGCACGAACGAGACGAGGCAGUCUAUGGGGCGCUCAGGGCCAUGGUGCUGGACCUGAGGGCCUUCUAUGCUGAGCUUUACCAUAUUAUCAGCAGCAACCUGGAGAAAAUUGUCAACCCAAAGGGUGAAGAGAAGCCAUCUAUGUACUGAGCCCAGGGUUAGGAGGGAAAUAAAUGACCUAUACUUUGUGUAGAUAA